AUGUCGAGCUUUGUCAUAGAUAAAGAAUCAUUUGUUCGUCGAAUUAAACGGCUAUAUACAGAAUGGAAGACGCCCAGCGCUGGACACGACAAUGUGCUCAGCAAUUUAGACUGCAUCAUGAGCGUAGUUGGUGUCGAUGAGGAUGUAAUCUAUUCAAAGUCCAUGGCAUUGCAGCUUUGGCUGCUUGGCUAUGAGCUAACCGACACAAUUUCAGUUUUUGCAUCAGACGCUAUAUACUUUCUGACAAGCAAAAAGAAAAUUGAGUUCCUUAAGCAGGCACAAAAUAUCAGUGAAGAAGGUGUACCCGAGAUCAAGCUACUCGUGCGGGAUCGUAACGACAAGGAUCAGGCCAACUUUGAAAAACUAAUUACAGCCAUGCAGAAGUCGAAGAAGGGCAAACGUUUGGGUGUUUUCACUAAGGAUGCUUUUCCUGGAGAAUUCAGCGAAUCCUGGAAGAAGUUUUUGACUGCUGCCAAGUUUGAGCAUGUCGACAUUAGUACUAUAAUUGCUUACUUAAUGUGCCCCAAAGACGAGUCGGAGAUCAACAAUAUACGUAAAGCAUCGCUGGUUUCCAUGGAAAUAUUCAACAAGUAUCUUAAAGAUGAAAUAAUGGACAUCAUCGAUUCGGAUAGGAAAGUUAAGCACACAAAGCUGGCGGACGGCUGCGAAGCAGCUAUAGCUGACAAAAAAUACACAAGCGGCUUAGAUCCACGACUGCUUGACAUGGCGUAUCCUCCAAUUAUUCAAUCUGGUGGCGCUUAUAGCUUAAAAUUUUCGGCAGCUGCUGAUAAAAAUCAUUUGCAUUUUGGAGUGAUUGUGUGCUCGCUGGGCGCGCGCUACAAAUCCUAUUGCUCCAAUAUUUCGCGCACGUUUUUGGUUAACCCCACAGAGGCGAUGCAGGAGAAUUACACGUUUCUGGUAAAUGUACAAGAGGAGAUACUCAAACUACUUAUCCCCGACGCUAAGCUCUGUGAGGUAUACGAUAAGACACUUGCCUAUGUAAAAAAGGAAAAGCCGAAUAUGGUUGAGAAUCUAACUAAAAGCUUUGGAUUUGCCAUGGGUCUGGAAUUCCGUGAGAACUCAAUCGUAAUUGGUCCGAAGUGUCAAGCGCUUAUCAAAAAGAACAUGGUCUUCAAUCUGCACGUGGGUAUUUCGAAUUUAUCCAAUCCCGAUGCCACCGAUAAGGAAGGAAAAACCUAUGCGUUGUUCAUAGGUGACACUGUGCUAGUGGGAGAUCAGGGUCCAGCCAGUGUAAUGACCCCCUCAAAAAAAAAAAUCAAGAAUGUGGGCAUUUUCAUAAAGGAUGAUGACGACGAAGAGGAAGAUACGGAUGAUAAGAAGGCCGCUAAGGCAGAUCAGGGUACCGAAAUAUUAGGUCGCAGCAAGCGCAAUGCUGUGCUCGAGUCCAAGCUACGAAAUGAGAUCAACACCGAGGAGAAGCGCAAGGAACACCAACGUGAACUAGCUCAGCAGCUCAACGAACGCGCACGGGAACGUUUAGCCAAGCAGGGCAAUUCCAAAGAAGUGGAGAAAGUGCGCAAGAACACAGUAUCCUACAAGUCCAUGAGCCAAAUACCUCGUGAACCCGAAGUUAAGGAGCUAAAAUUGUAUGUGGACAAAAAAUAUGAGACAGUCAUAAUGCCAGUGUUUGGCAUUCAGGUGCCUUUUCAUAUAUCCACAAUCAAGAAUAUAUCUCAGUCUGUGGAGGGUGAGUAUACGUAUCUGCGAAUAAAUUUUUUCCAUCCUGGCGCCACAAUGGGACGUAACGAAGGCGGACUCUAUCCACAACCAGAGGCGACCUUUGUCAAGGAAGUCACCUAUCGCAGCUCAAACGUGAAAGAGCAUGGAGAAGUAGCAGCUCCAUCUGCCAAUCUGAACAACGCAUUCCGUUUGAUUAAGGAAGUGCAGAAACGUUUUAAAACUCGGGAGGCUGAGGAGCGUGAAAAAGAGGAUUUGGUUAAACAAGAUACACUUAUUUUGUCACAAAACAAGGGCAAUCCUAAGUUAAAGGACUUGUACAUUCGACCCAAUAUUGUAACGAAGCGUAUGACGGGCAGCUUAGAGGCACAUACUAAUGGAUUUCGCUACAUCUCCGUGCGCGGUGAUAAGGUGGACAUUCUCUACAAUAACAUAAAGAGCGCCUUUUUUCAGCCUUGCGAUGGUGAAAUGAUUAUACUGCUUCAUUUUCAUUUGAAAUAUGCAAUUAUGUUUGGCAAAAAAAAACAUGUGGAUGUACAGUUUUAUACGGAGGUUGGAGAAAUUACCACAGAUUUGGGAAAGCAUCAACAUAUGCACGAUCGUGACGAUUUGGCUGCCGAACAAGCCGAACGUGAGCUCCGUCACAAGCUGAAAACAGCGUUCAAGAGCUUUUGCGAAAAGGUUGAGGCGAUGACCAAGGCACAAGUCGAAUUCGAUACGCCGUUCCGUGAAUUGGGUUUCCCUGGUGCGCCUUUCCGCAGCACUGUUACACUGCAGCCAACAUCUGGGUCGCUGGUUAAUCUUACUGAAUGGCCACCAUUUGUAAUCACUUUGGACGAUGUGGAGCUGGUGCAUUUUGAGCGCGUUCAGUUCCAUUUACGUAACUUUGACAUGAUCUUUGUGUUCAAGGAGUAUAACAAAAAGGUAGCCAUGGUGAAUGCAAUACCUAUGAAUAUGCUAGAUCACGUCAAGGAAUGGUUGAACUCUUGCGACAUACGGUACUCGGAAGGCGUGCAAUCGCUCAACUGGCAGAAGAUUAUGAAGACCAUUACAGAUGAUCCUGAAGGAUUUUUCGAACAAGGAGGCUGGACAUUUCUGGAUCCCGAAUCAGGCAGCGAGGAUGAAAACGAAUCAGCUGAAUCAGAAGAGGAUGAAGCGUAUAAUCCAACAGACGCUGAAUCGGACGAUGAAACCGAUGAAGAUGAUUCCGAGUACUCGGAAGCCUCAGAGGAUGAAAGCGAUGAUAGUGAUGAGCUGGGCUCCGAUGAAGAAUCUGGUAAGGAUUGGUCAGACUUGGAGCGUGAGGCCGCAGAAGAAGAUCGCAACAAUGAUUACAACACCGAUGAUAAAAGGAACGGAAAAUUCGAUGCAAAGAAACAUGGCAAAAGCUCGAAGCACAGUCGUCGCGAGCGCGAGGAGCAGCGAUCGUCGAACAGUAAAAAGCAUAAGUCGAAUUCCUCCUCACAUUUAAAAUCCUCCAGCUCCAAACAUGGCAGCUCAUCUAGCCCAUCGAAAUCGUCUAAGGAUAAAUAUCAUAAUCGGGACAAACAUCAUUCCUCCUCAUCGUCGGGGCAUAAAAAUAGCAGCAAGGAUAAGGAUCGCAAACGUUCUCGUGAGGACAGUCGAGACAAUGGCCACAAAUCGAAGAAAUCACGACGUUAACUUAACACA